CAGGCCAAGACACAGCUGUCACAACUCUCGACGUACGCAAGAUCUCUACGCCAUAAGCUGGUCGAGAUGUCUGCCGGUUUCAACUCAGAACAGGUCCAAUCGCUGGUCCUCCACACUCUUGACUCGCUCCCAUCCAGCUCGACGCUCGAUUCUCGGGAACUCGUUCUCAAGCUCGAAGAUGGUUCCGAAGUCAAGUUCAACGAGGGAGACAACCAGGUGUUGUUGAAGGGUGUACUUGAUAGUCUGUUGAGCCGGGAGAUGGUACAAUUUCAGAUCAUCAACACAAGCACUAGCGUCCUGACAGCAGAGGGAGUCGAGAUUGCAACGAACGGAUCUCACGAAGCGAGAGUGUGGGCUGCGCUUCCCUUGAAGGGUCAGGGCGAACCUAUGACCGUGCCGGAUCUGCAGAAGGCUUUGGGACCCGAUACCACCAAGAUCGGUCAAGGUAAGGCUUUCAAGAACAAGUGGAUCUCGAAGGAAGGAGCUGGUUUCGUGAAGGCUGUCGAAUCUAUCGACGAUGUCGCCCGGUCACAGCUCGAGGUCAUCCGUCAGACAGAGACGCAUCCGGAGGGCGAGAAGCUAUUGGCUGAACUGAGAAAGCGAAAGCUGAUCACUGCACGAAAACACACGAGAUAUGAUAUCACUCGAGGUUCCAACUUCGCUACCACCGUACAAAAGCUCGAGACCGACUUGACCACCGAGAUGCUGACUUCCGGCGCCUGGAAACAAGCUCAGUUCAAGAAGUACAACAUGGCUGCUCUCGGUGAUCCUACCGACGGAGGUGCUCUACACCCUCUGCUCAAGGUCAGAGAGGAGUUUAGGCAGAUCUUCUUCGAUAUGGGUUUCACCGAGAUGCCGACCAACAAGUUUGUUGAGUCUGCUUUCUGGAACUUCGACGCCAUGUUCGUGCCUCAACAGCACCCUGCUCGAGAGAUGCAGGAUACCUUCUACGUGAAAGACCCCGUCGGUGCCGGCGAGCCCCCAGCAGACUAUUACGAGCGAGUCAGGAAGGUACACGAGACCGGUGGAUACGGUUCUAUCGGUUACCGAGCUCCCUUCUCGGACGAGGAGAGCAGGAAGCUGUUGCUCCGAACCCAUACCACCGCCGUCUCGACCGAUAUGCUCUAUCGGAUCGCCAACCAGGAGGGAGGUUUCAAGCCAUGCAAGUUGUUCAGUAUCGACCGAGUCUUCCGAAACGAGGCUACCGAUGCUACCCAUCUGGCAGAGUUCCAUCAGGUCGAGGGAGUAGUAGCAGACUACGACAUCAACCUCGGUCACCUGAUCGCGAUGAUGGAGACCUUCUUCAAGAAGACUGGAAACAACAAGCUGAGGUUCAAGCCCGCUUACAACCCUUACACAGAACCUAGUAUGGAGAUCUUCUCGUACCACGAGGGCCUGAAGAGGUGGAUCGAGGUCGGGAACUCGGGAAUGUUCCGACCAGAGAUGCUGGAACCCAUGGGUCUGCCCAAGGGUGUGCGAGUCCUCGGUUGGGGAAUGUCUCUCGAGCGACCUACCAUGAUCAAAUACGGAAUCAACGAUAUCAGGACUCUGGUCGGUCACAAGGUCGACGUCGCACAGGUCAGGACUGCUGCGGCCAUCAGGUUCGACAAGGGGGACGCAUGAUUUGUUAUAUACCAUUAGUACAGUAGUAGACAUUAUAUCAUGGAGUCCAUGAACGCCGGAUUGAGCGCAAACUUGAAAGCGAUAGAUGUGCCCCAUUUCGAGACACUACUGUCGUCAAGUUUUAAGGAGGCCCUGUGUUUUUCGCGCGUCUCGUGAGAAAGCGCCAUCAGCCAGUCGCGGAUCCUGGCCCCGCUGUCUGCCCAUGACCCAUGCCUCUCUCGAAGC